CCACCACCUCACCACUUCCCUCACUUAUACUCUCCUUCAACGGACAUAUUGCGCAAAUACAGAAUCUAAGUCGAAGCGAACCCUGACUCGACAUAACACAACCAUAAACGAGCCGCUAGGCACCCGAACGUUCCAAGCAACCCUACCGUUUACCAGACAGCAUCCUCAAGAUGUCCACCUCCGCAGCCCCCGCCUCCUCCUCCACGCCCUCCGACUCUCCCGUCGCCAUAGUAUGCGUCGGCAUGGCCGGCUCCGGCAAAACAACCUUCAUGCAACGCCUCGUCUCGCACCUCUACACGCACCCGGAUCCGACCUCCCGUGAACCCGCCGUCUCUAAGGACCCGCCCGCGCCGCCGUACAUCCUGAACCUCGACCCCGCCGUACACCACGUCCCCUUCACGCCGAACAUCGACAUCCGCGACUCGGUGAACUACAAAGAGGUCAUGAAGCAGUUCAACUUAGGUCCCAACGGCGGAAUUCUCACGAGCUUGAAUCUGUUCAGCACGAAGAUUGAUCAGGUUAUCGGACUAUUGGAGAAGCGGACGGCGCCGCCGGAACCCGCACCGCAGCCGGAGCAGACGACGGUUGAGUUUAUGACGAAUAAGGGGAAGGCAGCGGCAUCGACUGUGGAGCAGCCGCAACGGGUCAAGCAUAUCUUGGUGGAUACUCCGGGCCAAAUUGAGGUCUUCGUCUGGUCGGCGAGUGGAGAGAUAUUGCUGAGCAGUUUGGCGAGCACCUUUCCGACGGUUAUUGCGUAUGUUAUUGAUACGCCGCGGACAACGAGCACGUCCACCUUCAUGUCGAACAUGCUGUAUGCAUGCUCGAUCCUGUACAAGACAAAACUGCCUAUGAUACUGGUUUUCAACAAAACGGAUGCGCAGGACGCGACUUUCGCAAAGGAGUGGAUGACGGAUUUCGAGGCAUUCCAGAAUGCGCUGAGAGCAGAAGAAGAGGGGGGUAGCUUUGGUGGCGAAGGAAGCGCAAUUGGAGGCGGUAGCGGGUACAUGGGCAGUCUGCUAAACAGCAUGUCACUGGUAUUGGAGGAGUUUUACAAGCAUCUGAGCGUGGUGGGAGUCAGUGCGAUGACCGGCGAUGGCAUGGACGAGUUCUUCAAGGGGGUCCAGGAAAAAAAGGAAGAAUUCGAGCGAGACUACAAGCCCGAACUCGAGCGCCGCAGGGCUGAGCGGGAGAAAGAGAAGUUGGCUGCCCGGCAGCGGGAGCUCGACAAGCUGAUGAAAGACAUGAACGUCGGCGGUGCAAAGAAGCCCAAGAAGGGCCCGAAGAAAGAAGAACCAGAGACCGUAAGCGAUGCCGAGGAUAUGGAUGAGGAGGGCAUGCAGGUCGAUGAUGAAUAUGACUCAGACGAGGACUACGAGAACGCGGACGGCGGACUCAAGCAGCGUUACCAGCAGGCGAUGGAAGACAGCGGCGCCCCAUCCGGAGACGACUUCAGCUUCGUACGAUACAUGCAUAAAGCCAAUCUCGGCUGAGCAAUGUGUCAGGCCUUGCAUAUUCAUCAAAGGUUGCGAGUUGCGGCACUACCUUCGCCUCCGGAAGUGUGGUCGCAAUCGGAAUCUCAAUGCAUGAAUAGAGUUGGUAGCUUGUUGGGCAGAGCUUAAAGGAUGGUUGCAGAUUGGGGCCUCAGCUCACUGUACGCCAUGCCCCAAAACAGGAGUCUUCGGCCUCAAUACGAUGUCUUGCGCGAACAGCGAGAGGGUGCGGAACCAGACUCCGAGCAUGUUGGAGAAGAUAUUUCUGAAGGAAGAAACAUUACUUCCGUCGGACUGAGUCAUGUCUUGGACACAGCGACGGAAGAACGCAUCGACAAAAGCG